AUGACAACCAGUUCAACGAGGCAGAAGAAGUCAGGAGAUGGGGUGUAUGCAACAUCGUCUGACCGGAGUGCAUCAAUCGAGGGCGACGAAUAUGAGGCCACACAACCAGCAACCCGCCCGUUGGGAAAAAAGAACCAGAAAAGGAAAGCCAAAGUAGGAGACACAACUUCAAGUGAUCUCGAUUAUGUUCCUAACUCCGAGAUGAUAGCCAUCGGGAAAGCUAAACUGGGAUUCCUUGCGAGUUUUGAGAAGCUGAAGACCGAAGAACUGGAGGAGGAGAUGGAGUUUUAUCAACGACGUGCCAACACCGUUAGGCCCAAGAGAACAAGAAAGGUGAUAGAGAGAGAUCGUGAAGCUGGGAACGAGCGGUUGUGGAAUGACUACUUCUCCGAAAAUCCUGUGUACACGGAAGAGCUUUUCCGACGAAGGUUUCGAAUGCGAAAGCAUGUGUUCCUCAGAAUUGUAGGGGCCCUUGGGUCUCAUGACCCGUACUUUUUAAUGUCUGUCGAUGCAGUUGGAAGACAAGGCCUGUCACCAUUACAAAAGUGCACCGCCGCUAUUCGUAUGUUGGCGUACGGAUCACCUGCUGACAGUGUUGACGAGUACGUUCGAAUUGGUGAAAGUACUGCAAUUGAGUGCUUAAAGAAUUUUGUGGAAGGUGUGUGUGCAGUAUUUGGUGAAACAUACUUGAGGCGCCCGAACCAGGAAGACAUUACCCACUUACUUCAAUGGGGCGAGUCUCGUGGAUUUCCAGGUAUGUUGGGUUCUAUUGAUUGUAUGCAUUGGGAAUGGAAGAAUUGUCCAGUUGCGUGGAAAGGUCAAUUCACCCGAGGUGAUCAUGGAAAGCCCACAAUCAUGCUUGAAGCAGUGGCAUCACAAGACUUGUGGAUUUGCCAUGCAUUUUUUGGCAUUGCAGGUUCUAACAAUGACACUAAUGUGCUAAAUCAAUCUCCGGUUUUUAAUGAGGUUUUGAGUGGAAAUGCUCCCAUGGUGAACUUUAGCGUGAAUGGAACAAUGUAUAACAUGGGAUACUAUCUAGCAGACGGUAUCUAUCCCCCGUGGGCUACAUUUGUGAAGACCAUCCCAAUGCCGCAAGGAGAAAAAAGGCAAAAAUUUGCGAAAAGACAAGAAGGAGCAAGAAAGGACGUUGAAUCUGAUCUUCUUGGUUAA